AUGUCCGCGUUAUCUGACCAAGUGGAGACUUCCGAGCACGAAGUCGAGCACAAUGUCGAGCAAGAAAUCCAGUCCCUGCCAGAAGACUCUUCCGAGACACCCCCAUUGCUGAACCCUUUGGGUGCUAGCACAACCUCCUCAACUUCAUUGACGUCCCAGGCAUCGAACAUAGCCCCGGCCAAUGCCAUUGAGGGUGGUCGUGAAAUAUCCGACAAAAUCCUGUAUGUUGGUGGCUUGCACAAGUCCAUCACCGAGGACAUGCUCGUUGAACUCUUUUCGGUCCAAGGUCCUGUGCAAAGCGUGAAGCUGCUCUACGACAAGAACCGUCAGGGCUUCCACUAUGCCUUCGUCCAUUAUGCAGAUCAUACGGCAGCAGAUGCUGCCUUGCAGACUCUCAAUGGAAGAGUUUUGGCCAACUCUCCCAUAAAGAUCAACUGGGCUUUCCAGUCCCAGCAGACAAGGUCCACAGAGUCUUCGUACAACCUUUUUGUUGGGGAUCUCUCCAGUGAGAUCAACGACGAGAUUUUGACCAAGGCAUUCUCCUCCUUCCCUAGUUUGACCCAGGCUCAUGUCAUGUGGGACAUGCAGACCGGGAGAUCCAGAGGAUAUGGAUUUGUCUCGUUCUCGGACCACGGUGAUGCCGAACGUGCUCUGGCAACUAUGAACGGCGAAUGGAUUGGUGGUCGUGCAGUUAGGCUGAACUGGGCUUCUCAUAGAGAGCAGCAACAACAGCAUAGUCAACAGCUGCAGAUUCCACAGCAGCACCAAUACCAGUUCCAACAGCAUUUGCAACAGCAAUUGCAACAGCAGUAUCAGUUUCAGCAGCAAGCUCAACAACAGCCCGGUCUAGGCGUCAGCCAGGUCCAGCUUCAGCAGGGCUUAGGAAACGAGAGGUAUGCACAAUCGGCUCCAAUCUCGCCCCAGACUUACGAAAUUGUGCUGAGACAGACGCCGUUAUGGCAGACAACGGUGUAUCUGGGUAACCUUGCCCAAUUCACCACCCAGAACGAUCUGAUAAGCCUGCUCCAGAACUUUGGCUAUAUCGUCGACUUCAAGUUCUAUCCCGAUAGAGGAUGUGCGUUUGUGAAGUACGACAGCCACGAAAGAGCCGCAUUAGCCAUAGUUCAACUGACGGGCACCAAUAUCAACGGAAGACUCAUGAAGUGCGGAUGGGGUAGAGAUAGACCUCCGCCCAACAUGCACUACCAAGCCUAUGGAAAUAUGAUGUACCCUCAGAAACAGUUCAAUUGA